AUGGCCGAUGCUGCGAGGACGAAGACUCCCAGACCGGGGCCGUUUGCACGACGAACACUGAAGAAAGCAUCGUCGCCAGGGCCUUUGCGCAUCACCAUGCUGAGUGGAGAACUCCUGGGCGAAACAGACGCACGGCGGCAUCGGACAGCAAGGAAGCUGGCGACGUACGUAGGGGAGUACUGCUGCGCCACGCCGGCACCGAAGCAGACCAUAAGGCUACUGCACGCCGGACGAAGGCUGCAGGGCGGGAGACUACGCAUCGAUGCCACAUCAACCGUGCAGGCCGUCUUCCUGACCUACGUCCAGAUACACGACGGCUCGAGGGAGUCGGAAGACUUCCGCUUGGCCCUGUGGAACAGAAACACCUCGAAGCUGAAAAAAAUACUUUGGCGGCCCCUGGACCCCAACACCGUCUUCCAGCAAUUCUACCCGACGCCGACUUCGGGACUGGAACUUCUCAUGCUGAACCAGAACAGACCCUGGUCGCUGCCUGCACUACGAACGUUGCUGGAAGCCAAAGCAAAACUGGACCGACCCGAAAACAAAGACGUGCUGGCCCUCGCCGUGAGAUAUGCGCCAAGCAGCCACGUGGAGACGCUCCUAAAGCACCGGGACGACCUGGGCGGCUCCGCGGAUCCCUGGCGGCCCCUGGACAUAGCAUGCCACGACCACCCCGAAAACCUGCUACAGGGCCGUCCACAUCCAGGCAAGAUCACGAUGCUGAUGGCAGCCCGAGCCGAUCCCACGCGAAUGCUCGAGGACCCGACCAGCUGGGCCCAAAACCCAAGCCACCCAGACUGGUCCUACGGAGCCAACCCUCGAAGCCUAGCAACCCUCGUGGCCCUAGCCUGCGCAGCAGCAGCUCACUCAGACCCGGAGGGCAUGCAGCAAGUCGCGCGAGCGGCAGCGAACAAAAGUGCCAUCCCCUUAGAAUAUGUAAGCGACAGCACCCCCGGAAUGCAGGUCCUCACCGCAAGCCUGUGCAGUGCAGCUUGCACAGGCAACGCCCGCAACGUGUGCUGGCUACUAGAAAUGCGAUGCCCAGCAAAUGCACGCGUCGGCCGACACCUCCUGGAAGGUGAGUCCUGUCUCGUAACCAAUGCCGAGAGUCAGUGCACAGCCUUAAACCUCGCAGUCAGAAGCGGCUCCGUCGCCGCCACCCAAGCACUCCUCCACGCCAAGGCCGAUCCGACUCUCACCUUCGACGAGCUUGCCGCCCUGGACCGAGCUGCGCUGCACAAGGCACCAGCAACGAUAAUAGAAUGCAUACUAGCGGCCAGAGGCGAAGCGACCACGCCCACAGCGCACACGACAUCUCCGCUGACCGGGGCGCAUACCCGCGCGGCGAACCCGACAAGGCUCCUCAGCCCGGGGCCGCCUGCGGACUCGCAACCAAGCAAUGCGCAAGACGUCAGACGGGCCACUGCUCACGUUGGUGAAGCCAUCAUGCAGCCCGAAAGCAGCCGACGGUGGGCCGACAUGACAGACGACGACGAUCAGGCGACCGGCUGGGACUUCGAAGCGUUCAAGAAGGACUACCUGGCGAGGAGAUGCAGCCUGACACUUCUGACGCCCGUGCAUGCCCCAGGCGGAACAAUCAAGAUCGACGAGGCGCACUGCCGGGAAAACCUCCCCGACAACCGCACCUCGACGGGACACGACCCCGCCCUCCGGCGCGAAGCCAAGAACACCCCGACGGAAGAAGGCAUCACGGCCCCAAAAAAGCCACUGCCGCGCCAGCCACGAUGGACGGCCGACGACGAGAGAGCCCUGGAUCGUGCUUUCCAGCGAGCAGAGGCACCGGAGAGAAGCUACACCCCCAAGGCGCACAACACCUCCCCCGGCAAGCGUCUAGUCCCACUGUGUGCACAGGCCGACAGAGCCGCCGAGGCAACACCGCCAAGAAACGAAGCCGUGGAAGCGGCAAAGCUCGCAAGGAAUGCCGCUGAACCAUCUCACGAAGGACCGGCCGCGCGACGAGGGGGGGCUGAGGCGGGCUCCGACCACGACACGGAGCCCGGACCCAGCGUCGAGGAGCACUUUCGGGGCACGCUGGCCAUCAAGAAGAUGUCAGGCGACGGCAACUGCCUCUUCCACGCGCUCGGAGAGAACAACGGCGAGAGCGGGGCAUGCCUCCGAGCCCUAAUCAUCCAGUACCUCAGAGAGAACGCAGAAGCCGAAGAAGACGAAGAGCAAGUGCAGGCCUGGCUACAGGAAAGCCAAUACCUCCAAAGCGAUCCGGGUCACUGGGGCGGCGACACGGCCAUCAUCGCUUUCACCCGCAUGAGGCAGCAGCGAGUCCUUUUGCACUGGCGGACGCCAAACGGCGACAUCCUCACGAGCGAGCGCACGCACUCGGACGUGGCCGAAGCAGCCCAACGCGGGCCGCACGCAGCACCGAACGCCACGGAAGUGAUCCAUCUCUGGUACAACGGCAGGGACCACUACGACCUGCUGGUGCCCAUAGACCGAGCACCGCCACCAGCACCACCACUGCCACCACCACCACCACCACCACCACCACCACCCCACCCGAUUCCGCGCCCAGCCAAGCGCAGAAGAACCGCCGCCGGCGGGGAGGAGGCCCAUCAACAGGCCCAGGCGCGCAAGACGCCGUCGAAGCCAACGACACGACCGCCCGAGCCAGAGGCACAGGACGAGCCCAACCUCCUGGAAGAGCUCACCAGCAUGCCCGUGGCGCCGCACAGCAGCCACCCCCGGCGGAAACUGGAAGAGGCUCUCCGGCACCUCGCACACACCCAGCUGCGAGCCCAGCCGCUGAUACCGCCCGGAGCCAGGCCCGAAGAACUCGACCGUGGGGAACCCUGGCCAGGACAGUUCUGCGCCUUCCAGAGCUGCAACUGGUCAUUGCUCACGGGCACCGAGCAAGAGCUUCGAGAGCACGUCCAGCAAGAGCACGCAACAGCACUGCAGAGCGUCGCACAGCACCUACCCAAGCCAAUCCCGGCCGAUGCAAUGGCCAGCGUCUACAACGAAGCCAUAGCCCUGCGGUGCAGAGAGGCCGCACCCGUGGCAGGAAGCUCGCGGGACAGAAGCGCGCUGCGGAGCUUCGCCGAAGCCACCAGCAAAGACAGGGUGGAAGCGAUCAUUUGCUUCUGCUGCGCAUGCAUCCACACCCGCGUGGCCGACGCCGAGGCCGCGGGCCCCAUCCGCUGGCGCAGGCUCAUCCAGGGUCCCCCCAGCAACGACAGGACCCACGCCGAGACAACCGAACGUCUGCACGACAUCCUGAGCAUCGACAAGUACCUGGGGCUCUACGGCGACCUCGCCGGGGACGUCAAGCUCACCGACGUGGCCGAGCUGAACGAGCGGACCGUGACCAUCCCCGGGCUCGGCGACAUACUCUGCUGCCCAGAAGACCACCGCUGCCACGCCAAUCCCCAGCACCCAAGCCAGCACACGCUCUGCGAGCACUGCGAGGUGCCCCUCUGCCGCGACUGCGCGCAACACUUGGACAACGGCCAGCUGCCGCCCCCGAGCUUGUGCAAUGACAUGUGGACAGGCUACUCCCCGGCGCGCCUGCACGCAGAGAAGGUCACAGUGAUGGAAAUGAUCUGCGCAAGCCCCUGCGUGACGACCCUGGUGUGCAUGUCCAUGGAAGCGCGGCACCGCAGCGAAGGGACCACCUUAGACGAAAAAGACCAGAACGCCCGUCACCGCCUGGGCGCGCGCGGCAACGCCCUCACCUUUCCCCUCCCAUGGGAAGACCUCCUGCGCAACCUAGAGGCACACCACGCAGAAGUUGCGGAGCAGGACCAAGCGGGAGCGGCAGCACCCCCCAGCCUGCCGCUCACAGGCAAGGCGCUCGCCGAGGUCGCGAGGGUGCUCCUCAAGACGAACAAAACGGGCAAGACGAGCGAGACCGGGAUCAAGACGCUGCUCCACCAGGCCACCGUGCGGAGAGACGUAGUCGUGAACCUCAUCCACGACAUGCAGCGCCUCGGGCAUCCCGCGUUCCAGCACCUGCGCAUGGCGGAUGUGCGGGAGGCAGCAUCACAGCUGCCAGAGGGCGGCGUGCCGCCGGAAGUACUCAAGCUCAUUUCCGGCCUGAGCGAGGACGACGAGACCGCCCACAAGCUGCAGCCGCAGAAGGCCGCCGCCCCGACGGACGCGCCGGAGCAGGACAUGCAGCGGGCCGGCGCCAUCUUCGCCGACCAGCGAGCCCGGGCCGUCGUGCGGGAAGGCUGCAGCACGGACCGCGAGGACCAGAACGCCGUGGCCACGGCCGCACUCAACGACCUCCAAACCCAGCUCCGCAGCAACGAAGAGAACGAGAAGGUCCUCGAGACCAUGGAGGUGCGCACCGGAAACAUCUUGGUGGACCAGUUCCAGCCGCUCUACUUCGCCACGGCCUUCAGCUUCUGCUUCGCCCACGGCACCGCCUGUCCGGACGUCCAGAACAGCAACAGCACAGAAAGCAACCGGGCGUCAGCGCAAGGACGCCGCCGAGACAAGAACCCGGAGGCCCCCCAAGUGCAGAUCUUCGAAUGGGCAACAGCCAUGCAGCGCCGGGCAGAAACCCAAUUCAGGCGAGACGGGAGCUUCGGCUUCACCCUCUGGAACUACCUCUUCAGGACCAUGGUGAACACCCAGGGGAACGCCUUCAUCUACAGCGUCGCCGACGAGAACCACGAGAGCAGGGCCCUGACCACCAAGGCGAUCCUGGAGGGGCAAAAGCAGAUCCAGCAAAAGCUCCUCAGAGGCCAGUACCUCGACAUCAACAACCAGCUGAAGCCCAUCAACGGAGACCUCACCAAACUACGCUUCGUCCCAGGGCUCUCAAAAGCAGCCCUGAAGGCUCGAAGCUCGUGCAAAGAAAAUCCUAUAAAGCACGGACCCACCCGCAGUGCAAGCCUCCCAUCCUUCGCCGCCUGA